GGGUACUCCGAGAGAUGGCAGCAGCAGUUGGCGACAGCAGAACGUUUAAUGCCAGUUGUUGGAGAAGCUAGUUACCGCCAUGCCACUCUUAAUAAUUUUGCUCCUGACAGCGUUGGCGACGCUAACCGGAAAUGGGAAUGCAACAGCUACCGACAAUAUCCACAAGCAAAAUCUGCUACGCUGCUGCUAUACAGAAUCUUAUCGCUGCAAGGACAACGCUACUUGGACACCUCCGCAGGGAUUUUCGCUCAUCGACGGCGUCCCACAGUGUGGCCCACGCUCCCUAUGGCCAGUCUUCCACCAGCCGAAAUCUCUGGACAGGUUGUAUCUUCUGCCGCAGGGCAUCCUACGACAUAUAGCCCUAAAUCACGCCGAGCAACAGGUCGAUCUAGAGGAAAAUGAAUAUGCUGGCGCCCUCUAUGUGGAUUACAAGCCCGGACAAUUCUGUCUGGACAGGGUGAUAAAUGAGGAAAAACGUCUACAAGUAAAUUAUGCUGUAAUAUGUGCACCCGAUGUGAAAGGAUCUCAAAUAAAUGGAACAACUCAUCUGUGGAGACACAUUUUGGACCCUGCUGGUCAUGCCCUUAAUAUUGCUUGUCUCUUAAGUGUUGCUGUCAUCUACUUUGUGAUUCCUGCACUGCGUGAUCUUGUAGGAAAUAUACUGACAACAAUGGCAAUGUGCAUGUUAGCCUCACAGGCUGCAGAGCUUGUGGCAUCAGUAACCCGAUUUUCAGCACAUGUCUCAUUAGUUGCAGCAGAUAUUGUGGCAUAUUCUGCUCUCAUGGCUGCUGCCUUUUGGCUCAAUACAAUGGGGUAUUACAUCUGGAGAACUUUCAGGUCACGGAAUGUGUUCUUGCGUGUGACAGAUGGAAGAAAAUACUGCUACUAUUCCACUUAUUCUUGGUGUUGCACAGCUGUAAUGACUGCAGUAGCAGUAUUUGCACAUUACAUUCUGGAAUCUGGACAAAGAAAACCGACUGACAGUUCUAUAGGAUGGCUCGGUGUGUCUGUAAUUUUCACAGCAGUUGGGUUCACCAUCCUAGUGAACAUUUACUUCUAUGUAACAACAGGUCAUGCAAUUAGCAGGAUGUCAACAUAUGGAAGAAUACAUCAUAAAAUGAAAUAUAGCUUUGAGAUGUUCGUCCAGCUAUUUCUGGUUCUCUGUAUCAGCUGGCUCUUCAAGGGCCUAUCACGCUUGCCAUAUGACGCUCUAUUCUAUUGUUAUGUUGUGGUCAAUGCACUCCUGGGACCACUUGUUGUUUAUGUUGUGAUUUGCAACCAACACAGGGUAACAUCUCAGUUAAGAGCUUUAUGUUGCUGUCCUUGUUGUAAAGCAAGUGAAGUGGACGACUCUCCUGAAUGGGGUGAAGAACUUACCCGUAUGACAGGAGUAGGUGGCAUGACUGUAACCCAGUGCUGACACUUCCUAACUCUACGUUCUUUUUUUUUUUUUUUUUUUUUUUUUUUUUUUUUUUUUUUUUUUUUUCCUUUUCCUGAAAAUGCUGUUAUUGGGACCAAUAAUGUACACAGUACUAAGUUGCAGAAAUGUAACUCGCAUGUAAUCUAGUCAUUUGUAAUUAAGAACUAAUUUUAUAUUUACUACAUCUUCGCUUUUUUUUUCUUAUUAUAAUUAUCUGAAAUUGAAUGAAAUUAUUUUCCUACCAUUCAGAAAGACUCACAUGCAAUGUUAUUGAUAUGUACACCUUACAAAAGUUUCUUUAGUAGCGACUGUUUUGCUAAUGUAACAUUCCAUAAAUGUUUAUUGUAAUCCGAACCAAAACAGAUAGCUGCUACGAGAUACAACCAUUAUACAAGGAUAAAAUUGUUUUAAGCUUAAUUGAUGUGUCACUUUCGGAUCACUGUGAAAGGGAUUUUUCCCUGUUAUGUUCAUAAAAAUAAGUAUCUGCUACCUUCGUUAAGGAAUCAAAAUCUAACAAAGAAAUUAGAUGAAGGCAUCCAACUGUGAUACCUACACGACAAUUAAAUUCAGAAAAGUAAAGAAAAUCAUAUGUUGUUGAGAGAGUAAGACUUAACAUUAAAAAAAAUUACAAGUCUUCCACUGAGAUGCUUUUAUAAGACUUUGUUCUAGUAGGCAUCACUACCUAUUAGAGGGCAGAGUUUUCCUCCAUUAAAAGUUUCCCCAUCAGUUUCAUAAUGUUCCUCACUACACUUUUCUUCCUCAAACUUUAUAAUUACACUCAAAAGUAAUAACUUAUGUCAAAAGUAUAUUUUUAUAAUGAAAUCUAAUAUGUCUUCCCACAAUCAUGAGCAAUAAUACUUAAUGUCACACCUACUCUCAAUGACAAGAGUCAAUGCCAGCAACUAUUCUCGGCUCUGGCACAAUGUACUUUAUAUAAAUAAAAAUGGGUGAAAAAGAUAACUUCGCUUUCGAUACAGGUUGUGUGUGUGUGUGUGUGUGUGUGUGUGUGUAUGUGUGUUUUGCCAUAUGUUGUAAGUAGCACCUGAUAUUAUUAAAAGUAUUACAAUUUUUUAUUUGUUUUAUGAGUCUGUGAUUUGAUGGCUUACUGCCAUGAAUAGAGAGAAUCUCAAUAAAGCACUAUGUAUUCAAGUGGCAGCUUAGUUUUGUAGUUUUAGUAGUAGAUUUCUGUUCAUAGGCUGACACUUUAUUUGACUAUAUUUUACACCGUUUUAUAUUUAUAAUGUAACUUGCAACAACAUCAUUUGUAGACUUUGCACUGAAUGUUUGUAUGCACCUCACUAUUUCAGUUACUCAAAUGGUUUCUUCCUACAAAUUGCAAUUGUUGCACAAUUUCUAGAACAGCAUGUGUUACUUCUAAAACCUUUUUGAUAUACACGAUUAGUGACUAGGUUGUGUAUUUAGAUCGGACAAUUAUCAGACAGGUUCUGUUUUUAGAUCAGAUGACAUUUAUUUCUAUAACAAAAAGGAUGUAAUUUAGCAAUCGGCUGAACAUACAGACACAUACAUAUGUUAUACUUUGGAUGAACUGUACUAUGAACUAUUAAAGAAAAAAAGACAAUUGUUACAGCUUAGUUCAUCUGAACACACCCAUGUAAUUCUGGUUUUCAUUGGUUUUAUUGUAAACGUCAUUGUUGCUAACAGCUGUUAAAGUAAUCAAACCCGGGAAAGGAAAUAUAUUGAAUGUUAAAUGGCUGAAUUUAUACAAGAUUGAAGAUCUGCAAGCUCCAGUGAAUGAUGUCAGAUUUCAUGAGGUUUAUGUGAUGAUAAAACUUUAUUUAUGACUUGUGACAUUUGCAUAUGUUGAGGAACAGAAAAAUUCUCUAAUGAUAUUUAAUCAUUUGCUCUCAUCUUUAACUUUCCUUCAACCUAUUAUUAGUAAUACCCUUUUUCUCCUGACAAAGAAUUCAAAGAAUCAAGAUCUGUAAAAGCAGUCCUCAACCUCAAUUUUUACUUUAUUUUUAUACCUGCACAGGGAUGAGGGAGAAACAUUCACUCAGUAACUGUUGUAACACUGUUGACAGAUGACCUAAUAGGUAAACAAAUGUUGCAUGUCGAGUUCCCCAAUCAUUCUACACAAAAAUUUUUGAGAGGACAGAAACAAAAUAGCAAAGGAAAUAUAUACAGGCGUCAGUGAGGUAAAAAAGUUUUUUCUCCAUAUUAUCUUCCUUAUGAGGCUGUAUUUAUUAAUUUUCAGAUUUUAGCUUUCAUUUCUGACCUAUCUGGUAGCUUAUCUUGCAGCUCACGAUUAGUUCAUUGGAAUUUGAAUAUAAUUCAUCCAAUUCAUCUGAUCCAUUCUUUCCCACGCAGCUCUCUCUUAAACAAUGUCUGAAGUACCAUUUCCUUAACUCAAGUACAUGAAUCUA